AUGUCUUAGAUUCUACAAGACAACACAUAUGAAUUAAAAUAUGGAAGUGACUUGUUAUAGCAAGUUUAAUUUUUAAAUGUGAUUGGAUAAGGAAAUAGUGUUGUCUAUGAAGUAUAUCAUUAAGUACAAAAUAAAAAUAUGGCACUUAAAGAAAUAAUUCUUUAAUCUUAGGAAGAUGAAUAAUACAUCAAAGAUGAGUAAUAAAUGCUUAAAUUUUUAUCUGUUGAAUAGCAAAAUAGCUAUUUCAUUAAGUAUGAAGAUUUUUGCUUUGUUAAAGUAAUCGUAAAUGAGUAUAUUGAACAUAAUGUAGCUUAUCUCUUGAUGGAGAAGGCUUCAAUAAGCCUAAGUUCUUUUGUAGACUUACGCAUAAAAAAAAACAUUCCAUUUUCAAUUGAAGAAAUCGUUUUUAUUUCUGAAGAGUGUAUUAAUGCUUUUACUUGUCUUUAAGAAUAUAAAAUAGCUCACUCUGAUAUCAAACCUGAAAAUAUUUUGCUAGAUUUCUUUCCUCAAGAAUAAAAUUUUUAGAAUUCACUCAAUCAUAUUGGUGAAAAGUUGAGCGAAGGAACAAUUAUUGAUUAAAAAUUUUAAAAUACAAAAAAUACUUAUGUAAAUUAAAAUAUAAACGAUAAAAAAUACUAAAAAGUAGAUUUAAAUUAACAACUAGCCUAAAAAAAUUAAAUUAGUAAUUAAAGUAUUUAACAGAAAUCAAUUGCAAUAAUUGAUGACUCAAAUAAAGAACUUAGCCCUAAUAUUACCUUGAGUAGUUUUACCUGUAGAAUAAAAAUAUGUGAUAUUGGGAGUGCAAUAAAAAAUAAUUCAAGUGGAGAGGGGAACAGCGUUUAAUUACAUCGAAUAGAAGGGACAAUACCUUUUCUUGCUCCAGAGUUGUUUAAAAAGUAUAUUAAAAAGGAGGUAACAGCUCUUUAUAAUCCUUAUAAAAGUGAUGUAUUCAGUCUUGGAUUGUGUAUUUUAUUUCUUAUAAUUUAAUAAAGAUUUUACAAAUAAAAUCGUAUAUACAUGGAGGAUACUGCCUACAGUGAAAUUAUAUAAGAAUGGAUUAUGUAUGCAAAGUAAAUUACACAUUUCAAUAGUUUGAUUUCGGAUGUUCUUGAUAAUACACUUCAAAUAUAAUAUGAAAACAGACCUGAUUUUUUAUAGUUGAAUAAAUUAUUUUAAGAAAAGAUGAAAGAAGAAAAUGCAAGAAGAAAAAGACUUAGAGACAGGAUCAAUUUAAAUUCAUUUUAAAAUAUGGAUCUAAAUGAAAUAGAAAGCUUUAGCCCUAAUAAACUAAGAAGUGAAAGAAUUUCUAAAAAUAAAUCCCCUCAAAAAAAUUAAUCUAUUCAUGUAAAUGGAAUUGGUAACAAGUCAAGCUCAACUCAAUAUGAAAAUUUUAAGAAAGCUGAGUUGAGUUAAAACAGUAAGAAAACUACAGCAACAGCAACAACCAAAUAUUCAAUAGAUUAUAUAAAUUCCACUAUAGAUACAGACAUUAAAUCAAGAUAAUAAAUUACUCCAAAUUAUAGAUAAUAGUAAGUUUCAGUAAAAGAGGCUGAUUUGUCUAUUUCUAUUUUUGAAUAAACAGGAGAAAUUAACUAAGUAAAUGCAAAAAUCUAAAUUAUUUCAACCAAAAGAGGUAAAAGUGCAAAGAGAGCUAAAAGUACGUUAAGUAAACAGUAAGAUAAAAAACCAUAAGUGUAAAAGUAAUUUUUAGAGUAGUAAUAGCCAAUUUUAUAGAUGCAAAACACCAAAUAAAAAACUUUAGCUUCUGAAAAUAACAAACCAAGUUUAUUAAAUAAAAUAGAUUUGUAAAGAAAGUCAAGUAUUACCGCUAAUACUAUUGAUUUCAAUAUAUAACCAAGCUAAGACAGCCAUGAUCAGGUAAAAUAAGGAAAAUUAAUUAAACUACCUUCGAUUAAUAAAUAGUCAUCAAACUCUGGUUUUAAUUAAACAAAUCUUCCAUAAAUUAACAACUAGUCUAAGAAUUCUAUUUCUGCAGCAAACAGUUUAAAUAAAGCUGAAAUAAAUUUAUUGCCACCAAGAAAAAAGACACAAGAAUUUGAUUAAAAAAAUAAUAUAAUUUUGAUUUAAAAUAGUGACUAAAUUAAAUAAUAGAAUAAUGCAAAUAAUAACACUAAAAAAAGUGAAUAUAGUAAAAGCGAUCAAAAUAAGGAUCCAAUAAAAAAUAACAAUUACAAAUAAUUAGUAGUUGAUACUAACAAAGAUUAAUUUAAAAAAACAUCUCUGAUAAGUUCAAACUUAAAUAAUAUGUAAAUUCCUUAGAAAAGUUUUUAAAUUUCUUAAACAGCUGGAAUGGAAAAAAUAAAACAAUAAUUGAUACAAAAGUAAAAUUAAAGGAUUAAAACCGAGAAUUCAAUCAUAAGCACAAAUAAGGCAGAGUAAAAUAUAGAGUAAGUUUAACUAAUUGUCAUAAGCUCAAUAGAGCAAAUGAGGAAUGAGUAUGAAGAAAUAAAUAAUUUACCUUUGAAUUUAAAAGCUAAAAAAUACUUAAAAAUUAUUUUAUCUGAUAUUCCAUCUUCUAUUUAGAUUCUAAGAUUGCUUAAAUGCAUAAAUGAAAUUAAAAACAUUGAGUUUGUAUUAAAUUUUUCAUUAGAAAGUGUGAGAGGAGAUGCUGAAAGUCCUUGCUUAUUUAAAAAUCAAAGUUCAUCUCCAACAACUAAAAUUGAUUAGCCUUAAUUAUAAAAUAAAUAACUUAGUGUUUAGAGCAAUGUUUAAAUCCCAAAUUAGCAGCCUAAUGAAUUAAAUUCAUUUAAUAAGCUAAAUUUUUUAAAAACUUACUCAAAUAUUGAAAAGGUUGAUAAAGACUAAGCUACUGCAAAUCUAAAGAAUAAAUUUAAUCUUAGCAAUUUUAAUUUUAAUAAUAAUAACAACAAAUAAAGCACAAUUUAGCAAAGGAGUUAGAGCAGAUCAAAUAGGAGCAUUAUAAUUUAAUAAAGAAAGAUGAAUACUUCUAAGAACAAGUCUUUUUCAAACGAUAACUUGGAUAGUUCUUUCAGUUCUUCUUAAGGAAAUCAUAGUAAUAAAUAAAACCCUAAUGAUCUAAGUGUAUCUAUAAUAGAAGAAUAGCUAUGGAAAGCUUCAGAAGUAUAUAAAUUGCUCAUUGAAGUUCUUAUAUAGUUUAAAUAAUUAGAUCAGUUAACAAUUUUAUUCAAAAAUUUUAUUGAUUAAGGCGAUGAAAAGUACUUUAUCGAAAAUCUACAGAAAAUAUCCAUGGAUUAAUAAUUUACUAUAAAACAUAUCCAUAUAGGAAUUAAUCAUUUGGAUAAAGAAAUAACUUAUUUUUUUGAAUAUGUUAAGCUUAUAAUACAGAAAAGUCAAAGGGUACUUGAAACGCUAAGUUUAAACUUAAAGGGAUAACUAGCAAAUUAAAAUAUAAAAUUAAGAAAUACUCCAUUAAUUUAAUUUAUUUAAAACUUAAAAUCAUAUUCUCUACUUAAAAGUAUAAAAUUAAAUCUAGCAAAAAAUAAACUCAAGAGGGAGUUUGUGAUUGAAUUUUUUGAAACAACUAAAUAAUUUGAAAAUUUAAAAGAAUUAACAAUAAAUUUUGGAUUUAAUCAGAUUUGUUUUCCUUAAUUCUAAAUUUUAAGUAUAAAUUAGAGAUUAAAUACUCUUUAUUUGAAUUUUGAGAAUAAUUAAUUAUAAGAUGGAAUACCUUCUUUAGCAAAGCAACUUCCAAAUUGUACUUAAAUGAAGUAGCUAACUCUUAAUUUUAGGUAAAACAUUUCUACAUCUAAUGAUCACAUAAUAUUUUUGCUAAGCUGCUUAAAGAAUAUGCAAAUAGUAACUUUUAAUUUAAAUAUUUCAGAUAAUUCAGAAAUAAAUGAUUAAUUAUUUUGGAAAAUAUAAAAUUUGGAUGAUUUAUCUUCAUGGAUAUGCUCAGACUUAUAGUUUAAUAUAAAAAAUGUGCAUGUAGGUAUGCCAUCAAUUGUCAGUAUUUUAGAAUAUCUUAAAAAGCACACUAGAUCCUUCCAUUCUAUUACAUGUACAGUUUUAAGAAGAUAUUCAUUAGAAUAAGUUAAAGAUUUAAUUUCAAGUUACGAUUUCUUGAAUCAUUAUAAUUUAAAUAUAAUGAAGAUAUCACAGAGUCAUUUUUAAUUUAUUCUCUCUCUUAAAUAAUUUAGUGAUUUUUCAAACAGCAGUUCAAAAUCCUUAUUAAAAUAAAAAAUUUAAACAAUCCCUGAUGUCCUGUGUGAGUUUUUUCAAUAAAAUCAUGGCUAAAAGAAGAUGUAUAGAUGUCUCACUUGUGAAAAUGAUAGCUAAUUAAAAGAUUAUGUUUAAUAUGAUACAUCAAUUUGGAAAUAUUGCAAAUAAUGUAUAUAUGUAUGCCACAGAAGUCAUGAGUUUAUUGAAUUAGCUUCAUGCUUUGAAGAAAAGGAAUAAUGUGUAUGCUCUUUUAGCAAUAAUUCUAAAUGCCUUCUCUAAAAUGUCAAAUAUAAAUGCACGAGCUAACUUGGAAAAAAUAUAUUUUAGCAAGCUUUUAAGUGUUAUGAUUGCAGCUAAAACAAUUCAGAAACAUACAUUUGCUAAUGCUGCAUAGAACCUUGCCAUAAAGAUCAUUUUGUAUAAUUUCAUUCUAUAAGAUUUUUUGACUGCUAAUGUGGAAAGAAGCAUUGA